AUGUCCUGCGUACAUCAGGAUGUUACACCGGGUAUUCGCGCAGUCCCAAGACGCGAGCAACGAAGACUCCACAACAAGGUGAUACCAUCGGUCGUAAUCCACAGUCACAAUGCGAUUACCAAGAGCUGUUCGAGGUCUUCCCUGGCCAUGGGCAUCGGAGGGUCACGCAGCUGCCGAGGCGAGGCUCUCAUGGAUCGCGAUCUCCCAACCCCUGAUGGUUUCUGUCCGCGCUACCAUGCUGCAUCUCUCGCGCAACGGGGCCUCACUGCAAGUAUGCCUGUAUUAUUGGUAUGCAGAGGAGUAUUGGAUGUUACAGAUCAUGCCGCUCGCUGCUUCGGACAGACCUGUCGACGCACGCUUACGCCAUAUUCCUGUCCAGUCGCAUCUUUCACACCACUCCCAGCACCAACCCUGCCCGAAGGACACGCUUUGCAUCGUCCUGCUCGAGCUGUUCUCCCCGGUCGGCCUCCACGGAGUUUCAGGAGCGGUGGCGGAAGCGGACCGCCUAUCAUGUCAAUCGAUGAAGGUGGGCUGAUCGUAGCCGUCCGUACCGGCAACGGCGGAGUCGAAGAAGCCAAGGUGCAAAUUAUGACGUCCAAGCCAAAUCGAGAACUCAUUGUGCCUCUGGGAAACUUGAAGAUUGGAGCUCUGCGUCGUGAAGGACUUCUUACUCUCAAAAUCAGGGCCUUCACUGUGGAUACGAGUGCCGCGACCGACAACUUUCCCGGAGUCAAUUCAUUCGCAAACGAUGCUCGCAGGCAUUUUGCCUCGGUUCUGUCUGCGAUAGGUCAGACCAAGGAGCUACCUCCGUUCAGUCAAACUGCAAAGCGGUUCAUCAGUUCGGCCGACUCGGUUCGAGAGACCUGCAACAAGAUCCGCACUGGCAUCAGGAGCUGCUCCCCGAAGCUCUUUGACCUUCUGAACACGAAUGGCUUCACCCUGGACCAAGUCAUGGCGUCAUGCAAGACCAUUACCCUGGGCUCGAAGAAUGGCACCGCUGGCAUCUACGCGAGGAUCUACAGCGAUUUCAAACCCAAUACUCGGUUCUCUGGUCACAAGCCCUACGUCUACAUCGGCCAAGCUAAACACAUGCAAGACCGCUUCCAAACUCACCGAGACGCUACGUCUUCCAAACACCUGUUUCAAAGCACCCCCCAUUAUAAGGUCGCCCGAGCGGCACGAUCAGUCGACGUCAUCCAGCUUUGCGAAUUGCCCAAAAUGAUUGAAAACUCCGAGGUGAUCGGAAAGGGUCAGAUGUACGUCGUGGAACAGCUCUUUGUACUUCUCUUCGAGGCGUACCACCCGGAUUUGAUUGCGAUGAAUGGAACUUACACGAACCAAAUCGACGACGACAACAAGAAAUUCGACGAAGCCCUUGAAAUCAUUGACGAUGCCAAAGUCUGUCAGACCUUCCGCUCUAUCGGUCGAGAAGCCAUGAAUAUUACUGGUUUCGCCACGCCAGGUCGACCGGGAAGAGAGAAGCCGUUCGGAUCGGGAGGUGGCUGCAACUGGAAGAGUCCUCUCGAUCCACAGAGUCCCGAUUACGAGCCAACGACCAUGAUCGUCGAAGAGCUCUCUGACAGGUUCAUUCUUCAUCUCCCGUCAAAAAUUUUGGCGAAACAAGGCGAUGUCUAUUCCAAGGUGUUCUACCUACCUGACGGAGCCAGCAUUCAGCACGUCAUCAGGCCCGGAACAGGAUUUCCGAAAGCAAAUGAUUUUUUCAGACCAGAGCCAGGCGACAGAGUCGUUCCUCGGUGGGAGGUGAUGAAAGACUCCUCCGAUCCCGCCAAGCAAGAACACGGCGUGCCACACUUUCGAACACCUGGAUUCAGCCCAUACAACAAUUCAUCUUACGCGAACAAGAUCGCGUUUUUCGUCACGUGGUACUCGGAGAAGUCGAAGAAGUGGUACUCGCGAUAUUACCAGGUCGACAAAACGGCCGGCAACUUUCUUCCAGGAGGGACGAAGAGCUGCGAACGAUCGUAUUGUAUUGGCACUGCACUCUAUGCUUACCUCAUCGGGAGUCGUUGGGAUGGAGCCCCAGAUUGGUUCCCAGUCUCUCACUCGCGGCCAAUUCUCAUCCAGCUCGAGGUCAAUCAGUUCGAACAGACUGCCACAGCGAACGUACGAACUACACCACUCAACGCCAACCUUCCAAAGGUCGAGCACAGCCUCGCCAGAGCCAAGCUGCAGAUGGAGAAUGCAGGACUGAGCGAUGUCGGCGGCCAAUGGCGACCAUGGGUUUACAGUCAACAGGACUGGCGCUUCGAUCCUCAGAACUGGCUCAAUGGCGAAUUACCACGCAUGUCCGGCAACAAUUGGAUGAAUCCUUUCAGGAACCUGUCUAGGAGGACCAUGUGUGAUUAUUGUGUCAUGUCACUUUGCAGGGAGUGCGAGCGAAUCGACGGCACCGAUCGAUGCAAACCGUGUGUCUACCGAGGCUUGCCUUGCUCCUGGACGCCAUACCCAGGACUCAACGGACGUCGCACGUUGACAAAGAUGAUCCAUAACGACAUCGAUUGGCUCACAAAAAAUUCAGAUCGUUUCGUCGAGGUAUACUCGCUAUUCAGCCAGAAGCCCGGGAACGCUGUGGCGUGUACGGCUUGGGAGACCACCGACCCCGGACUCAUGGACCUGGACAUCACGCCUGAUGACUAG